AUGCCUUCCAUCUCAAUCGGUAGUUACUUGAUCAAGCGUCUCAAGGAAAUCAAUAUCGACACUAUCUUUGGUGUUCCUGGAGAUUAUAACAUGCCUUUCCUCGACCUUAUUGAGGACGAUAAAGAUCUCACAUGGGGCAACAAUGCUAAUGAACUGAACGCUGCUUAUGCGGCUGAUGGAUACGCCCGUAUUCGUGGUGCUGGUGCUGUAGUCACCACCUUUGGUGUUGGCGAGCUUUCUGCUAUCAAUGGUAUUGCCGGAUCAUAUUCUGAGAUGCUGCCAGUCAUUCACAUUGUUGGUACUCCUGUUACCUCAUCUCAGCAAAACAAGGCCCUCUUACAUCACUCCCUCGGUAAUGGUGAUUUCCAGGUGUUCACCAAGAUGUCUGCUUUGAUCACAGUUGCAUCGUGCCAUUUGACAGCCGAAAGAGCGAUUGAAGAGAUUGAUAAUGUCAUCAAAACUGCCUACUUGCGCAAGAGACCCGGUUACAUUGCUUUCCCCUUGGAUUUAAUGAAGAAGGAGGUGGACGUUCCUGAUGCUUUAUUCAAGCCUCUUGACUUGAGCCAUCCCGCUAAUACCAAAGAGGUUCAAGAAAUCGUUUUGGAAGAAAUCCUGAAGCUUAUCGAAUCCUCCAAGAAGCCUGCUAUUGUAGUAGAUGGUUGUGUUCUUCGCCAACAUGUAGAGAAGGAGGUAAAUGCGUUUGUUGAACGUUCUGGAUUCCCCACCUUCACGGCUCCCAUGGGUAAAGGCGCUAUUGAUGAAAGUUUGCAUAAUUUCCGUGGCUGCUAUUCUGGUAAUGUGACAUUGGAAGGUAUCACCAAGGAGAUUGAGGAGGCAGAUUUGUUGAUUGAACUGGGUUCUAUCAAGUCUGAUUUCAACACUGGUAACUUCUCUUAUGGUUUGGAGAAAAAGAAGACCAUCUCGUUGCACAGCUUCGGCACUACUAUUUAUCAUGCAGAGUAUCCAGGUGUGGGCAUGGUAGAGCUCUUGCCUCUUUUGACCGGUAGCUUGCCCAAGGUUCCUCUUCAAUUGAGCUUCGGUGAACGCGUCAAGCCUGCUCCCAUUGAUAACAGCACUGAGGAAAUCACGCACAACUAUCUCUGGAACAAGGUCCCUGAAUAUAUCAAGCCUGGUAGUAUUAUUGUUUCCGAAACAGGUACAUCUGAAUUUGGCGUGUUUAACAUGGAUGGUUCCAAGGACACCAAGUUUAUCAGCCAAAUCCUCUGGGGAUCCAUUGGUUAUUCUGUGGGUGCUGCUUUGGGCGCUGCUAUGGCUGAUCGUCAAAGAAGAGUCUUCUUGUUUGUUGGCGAUGGAUCUUAUCAAUUGACUUGCCAGGAGGUGUCUGUCAUGAUUCGCCAUGGAUUAACACCUGUCAUUAUCUUGUUGAAUAACGAUGGCUACCUUAUUGAAAAACUGAUUCACGGCCCUGAGAGAUCAUACAACAAUUAUCAGAUGUGGGAAUACAGAAAGAGUCUCGAAUUCUUUGGUGGCCAUUUGGAGCACAAUAAAUCAGGUGGCAGGAAGCCUUCUCCUAUUGGCGUCGAAGCCAAGGUGACCAACCGCAAGGAGUUUGAGGAUGCUAUGGCCAAGGUUUCUGAACAAACUGACAAAAUCCACUUCCUGGAAGUUGUUAUGCCACAAUUUGAUGCUCCCCGUGAACUGUCUCUUUUGGUAGCCACUUCUGAAAAUCGCUAA